AUGAGAAGUCAACAGGUUAAACUACUUCAAAUGUUGUCAUCAUCCGCCCCAUGCCCAGCUGGAGUUCCGCAAGGCUCGGUCAUCUCUCCUAUGCUAUUUAAUGUAUACAUCGACGAUUUAGAGGACGAAAAUCCUGCGAACCUAACCGUCGAUACCUCGAAGUAUGCCGAUGACUGCACACUCGAUCAAGCAGUUGGAGCCGGGGGAAUAAGCCAUGUCCAACAGGCUUUAGACAUUAUCCAGAAUUGGACAGUGUCGAACAAUAUGACUAUCAACGUCAAAAAAACAAAGGACAUGUGGAUAUGCUUCACGGAAUCAGUAUUGGAACCUCCUCCUAUUUAUAUCGGUGAUGAAUUAGUUGAAAGAGUGGACAAAUUUAAAAUACUUGGAAUGGGGCUUCAAAACAACCUCAAAUGGAACAAUCAUGUUGAAACUAUUAUACAGAAAGCUAACCGUCAAGUAUAUAUCUUAAGAGAAUGCAGGAAAGCCAAUCUAUACCUGUGGAAGUAG